CUAUUUUUUAUUUAUUUAUUUUUGCGGAUGUCCUCUCAAAGGAGAUAAUUUUAUUUUUGACAAUUUAUUCAAUAGUGCCUUUUUUUGUCCUAUCAAAAUAAAUCAUUUUUCUAACUAAGUUAAUUUUUUUUCAAGUAUUCUUUUUUCAGCCCUGUCAAAAGAGUUGAUUUUUUUUUUUUGAUAAUUUUUAAUGAGUCUUGUCAAAAUAUAUAAUUUUUUUUUUUCGGUCUCAUCAAAAGAGAUUUUAUUCAGAGAUAUUUUUUUGAAUCCUCCUUUUGUUCCGUACAACAUUUUUUUUUGGGGAUCUUGACAAAAGAUAUAAUUUGUUCAAAAGAUACUUAAAACAUUAUAUAUAUUUUUGUUAUGGCUUAUUGGUCAUUUAAUGAAAAACGAUUUGAUUUAAGCGAUAUAAUUUUUUUAAUAAAUAGAAAAAACGAAAGAGCGGGUGAUGGUUGGGUCCAUUUGUACAGUGGGUGGUAAAAUGGACAAUCACCGCAAACCGAACAUUUCAUUUGAAAGAACAUAUUGGUCUAAAGGGGCUUGAUGUAUAACCGAAGUCUACUUUCAAGACCCUCUUUGAGGAGGCUUGCAGAAACUAAAUUCUACCCAAUUCUCAAAUAUUUCCAACAAUCUGAAAAAUCAUUUUACACCGGAACUCUCUGCCAUGCUCAGGCCGUCGCCAUCAAUACCGAAACAACGAGGCAAAGGUGUGAUGCCGGUGAUUUUCGCGAUGCACACAACGUGUUUGAUGGUAUUCCCCAACAAGGCCUUCCUGAUGACUAUCGCUUGCUUUUUCAGUUCUCUCGUAAUAAUCUCAAUUCUGAAGUUCUAAAAUUCUUUGUGCAUAUUCACCGGUUGGGUUUAUUGAUUGAUAGUUAUGGCCUAUCUUGUGUUUUGAAGGCCUGUGGAUGCUUAUUUGAUCAAAUUGUAGGCAAACAAGUACAUUGUCAUUGUAUUAAAUCUGGGUUUGUAGGAUGUGUUAGUGUCGGCACUUCUCUUGUUAACUUGUAUAUGAAAACUGAGAAUGCGGUUGAUGGGAGCAGAGUAUUCAAUGAGAUGCCAGAGAAAAAUGUGGUGUCUUGGACUUCAUUGCUUUCAGGUUACACACACAAUGGGUUGGUUGACAAGGCAGGGGAACUUUUCUUCCAAAUGCAACUUGAAGGAAUAGAGCCAAACCCAUUUACUUUUGCAACUGUUCUUGGAGCUUUUGCAGAUGAUGGAGCAGUUGAGAAGGGAAUUCAAGUGCAUACCAUGGUUAUUAAAAAAGGUUUCGAUUCAACUACGAUUGUGGGUAAUUCUUUGCUUAAUAUGUAUUGGAAAUUGGGGAUGGUUAGAGAUGCUAUGGCUGUAUUUGACAUUAUGGAGAAUAGGAAUGCGGUUUCUUGGAAUGGCAUGAUUGCAGGUUUUGAGAGGAAUGGGUUUGAUUUGGAAGCUCUUGAGCUGUUUUACAGGAUGAGACUUGCAGGUGAAAAGCUGACGCAAAUGAUUUUUGCGACAGCUAUUAAGUUAUGUGGUAAACUGAAAGAAUUGUGUUUUGCCAGACAGCUCCAUUGCCGAGUUCUGAAGAGCGGGAUUGGUUCUGAACUCAAUAUCAGAACUGCACUUAUGGUUUCUUACUCUAAGUGCCGCCAACUGGAUGAUGCCUUCAGAUUGUUCUCAACAAUGCAAGGGGCUCAAAGUGUGAUUUCAUGGACGGCAAUGAUCAGUGGGCAUUUGCAGAAUGGUUUAAUAGAGCGAGCAGUGGAUCUUUUUUGCCAUAUGAGGAGGGAGGGUGUCAGACCAAACCAUUUCACCUAUUCAACCAUCCUUAUGGCUCACCCUACUGUCUCCCUCUUCCAAAUACAUGCACAAGUCAUCAAAAGUAAUUACACAAGCUUACCUUCGGUAGGGACUGCACUUUUAGAUGCUUACAUCAAGAUGGGAAAUACCAAUGAAGCUGCUAAAAUUUUUGAAUUAAUUAAAGAGAAGGAUAUUGUGGCAUGGUCUGCGAUGCUAGCUGGGUAUGCCCAAAUAGGAGAAACUGAGGGAGCUGUGGAAGUUUUCCUCCAGUUGGCAAGGGAGGGGGUUAUGCCAAAUGAGUUUACCUUCUGUAGUGUCAUUAAUGCAUGUGCUACUCCUACAGCAGCGGUGGAGCAAGGGAAGCAGUUUCAUGCAAGCUCAAUCAAAUCAGGAUAUAAUAAUGCUCUAUGUGUAAGUAGUGCUCUUGUUACGAUGUAUGCAAAGAGAGGGAAUAUUGAAAGUGCAAACGAAGUUUUCAAGAGGCAACAAGAGAGGGACUUAGUUUCAUGGAACUCAAUGAUCUCAGGAUAUGCACAACAUGGUUAUGGAAAGAAGGCUCUUCAGGUAUUUGAGGAAAUGCGAAGAAAUAACUUGGAAAUGGAUAAUAUUACAUUCAUUGGUGUGAUUUCUGCCUGUACUCAUGCAGGGCUAGUGGAUGAAGGUCGAAGAUACUUUGACAUGAUGGUCAAAGAUCUUCACAUCAAACCAACAAUGGAAAUCUAUUCUUGCAUGGUUGAUCUGUAUGGCCGAGCUGGAAUGCUUGAGAAAGCCAUGGAUCUCAUAAAUGCGAUGCCAUUCCCAGCAGGUGCAACUGUAUGGCGUACUCUUUUGGCAGCUUGCCGUGUUCACCUAAAUGUAGAGCUAGGAAAACAUGCUGCAGAAAAGCUUAUCUCAAUUCAGCCACAAGAUUCAGCUGCAUAUGUCCUGCUAUCAAAUAUAUAUGCAGCAUCAGGAAAUUGGCAAGAAAGAACUGAAGUGCGAAAGUUAAUGGACAAGAGAGAAGUGAAAAAAGAAGUUGGUUAUAGUUGGAUUGAGGUGAAGAACAAGACCUAUUCAUUCAUGGCUGGUGAUAUUUCACAUCCCUUGUCAGGUCGUAUUUAUUCAAAACUUGAAGAGUUAAGUAUACCAUUGAAGAAUGCAGGAUAUCGCCCAGAUACAAAUUAUGUGCUUCAUGAUGUUGAAGAUGAACACAAAGAAGUAAUUCUUUUUAAACACAGUGAGAGGCUGGCCAUUGCCUUUGGGUUAAUUGCCACACCUCCUGGCACCCCAAUUCAAAUUGUGAAGAAUCUUAGAGUUUGUGGUGACUGUCAUACCGUGAUUAAGUUGAUAUCAGCGAUAGAGGGGAGAGAGAUUAUUGUUCGGGAUUCAAACCGGUUUCAUCACUUUAAAGGAGGUUUAUGCUCUUGUGGGGACUAUUGGUAACUCGUAAAUGGAUCAGUGAGGAGUGGGCUGUAUUGAGAAGUUAUAGAAGUUGUCUCAAUAUAACAUGCCUGAGUCAAAGGCUACACAUGGCUUUAUGAGCUGAAAAAACUUUAUAUGAUGGAGGACACUCCACCAUGAAGAGUAUAAUUGUUUGCAAUCUGUAUGUUCCCUCAUUCCAUGGAUGAACUAAGGCUCACCAAGCAAUAAUGUAUGUACUAAAUUUUGAAGUAUAGGGACAAUAUUAAAUCAGUAGAGAGUUGGAAAGGAUUCAUUUAGACAAUUCAAUCUGUUAAGAAAAUUUUUUUUGGCUGUUCAAGCUGAUGGAACCUGCUGUGACAUUUGGUCACCCAGUGGCAUUGGGAUACGUUCUUCUCCAAACUGCUCCCAAAACAUUGGCCCGAGAAGUAUGUGACUAUUAUCUUUGUGUAUUCAAGAGUAACCCUAACAUUAUUCUUUUCUCACUUGUCUUAUCUAUUGAUUUCCAUUAAGUAGAUGUUUUAAUCUUGAAAAUGAACUUGGAUAUUUAUACAUUAUGAACUCUGUAAAGUACUAAUAUGAAACUGAUACAAUACGCUUCCGCUCUAUGUUUCUUGU